AUGGGCAAGAAGCUCACGAUCGAGAUCGCCUUCACUUACAGGGAGGAUGAUGAUGGCAAUUCCGUGCCUCUGCCAAGAAGAUCCGAAAAGAGAGGACGUCUGAACGUGAGGCGUACAUUGUGGUGGAGGAAGGAACGCGUAUACGAGCUCAUGCGAUGUAAUAUCCGCUCGUGUGCGCAUAAGUCUGACUGGUGCUGGGAGGACCCGAAAGACAAUAAGCAUUACAAACUCAGGACCCCGCACCUAGAACCGCUUAUCGACUAUGUCGAUGAGGGUGACAUCCUAGACGGUCAUGACGAUAUUCCUGGUGAUAUUCGUCAAGACCUAAUCCUGGAAAGUCAGACAGGAAGAAAAUCGAAAAAAAAAUUGAUGCGUCAACAACGGGGGUACCAUAAUUCACGAAACGGUGGUGCGCCCACGAUUACUUCAUCUCUACCCAGGCCCUUAUCUGGGGAGCGGCUAAUGAUUGCCGGGCCUCUUGAAACAGCUGUGAGAGAAUACUGCAAAUGGCUGGAGUCACUUGCAAUUGAGGAGGCGUACAAAGCUGAUUUCCGCAACAUUUGCCAGGUGAUCUUGGAGAAUUAUCUAGAUCUUGAACUGAUUCUCGAGGAUCCAGACUCUGACUUCUUCGUUCAGCGCGGGAUUCGAAUUGGGACUGCUGGAUUCCUACGUGACAUAAAACAAUGGGCCACUGCGAAGAAAUCAAACGGACCACUUGACCAGACCGCUGAAUCAUCUCUCGGCGGUGCCCAAUUGAUUUAA